AAAACGCGCGCACCACUACACCGCGUCGGACGUCGUCACCCGCACCUUUCGGCCGUAUUGUCGGCAGAUACGCCGUCCGCCUAACACCUUCACCGCGCCGACGCCACCACCUAGACCGCUUCAAGCCCCUCGACCCCUCCGCGGUACCGUAGAACCGCCCAACAGCCGCCGUCUACGGUACUCCCGUUGCAGUUGUUAUUGUUUUGUACGUUGUUUCACGAUUGCGAUUUCGUUCACCGUGCAAAUAGACGAACAAUUUCUGCACGUCGACCAUGAACCGACGAAACGUAUGCGGUCGAUCGAGAACGGUCCGAAACGGCAACCGCCAGCGCCGUCCGAUGAAAUAAUGUCCGCUACGAACGGUUAUCGUCCGGACCGAACGGCGUCGUUAUCGCAACCAAAUCUGAAAUCGGUUGUGUUCGUGCCGCGUGCCAGAUCCGCCGCCGCCACUGGUCGUCGAACGCCGUCGACCGCGACUGCCGCCGCCGCCGCCGCCACCACCGGUCGUGUUAUCACAUGCGACGAUGACGACUGCGGCGACCGACAAAUGCUGUAGUAGUGUUGACGUGUAGUAGCGUGUGAGCGGUUCAGUGACGUCCGCGGGCCGGUGCGAUCUGCGAGUGGUUGGCGUCGUCGGUCAUAUUCCGUUCCCGUUAAGCGACCGACGAGUGGUGUUCGCACCACCAGUACGCCACACGCGUCGGCCGGAGGGAACGAAUGCCAAGCAGUGAUAGAGAAAGAGAUAAAGUGGAAAAAAGAAAAUAACGGCCGCGCAACGAACGGCACCAUAACGCCGCCCGCCGACAAUUGGGGCCCGUGAUGUCGGUUUUAUAAAUGAUCAACUCAUACAUUAUCUUCAAUUGUGAUUACUUGAAAUUGUUGAAGAAUCUAAACUGAGGAAUAACAGUUAACAAUUAGGAGAAAUGCCAUGAUUGGACGAUUAUAUUCUUUAAUUAUAUCGCUUGGCGGCCUCACAUUAAUCACAUUUUCACUUUGGUCAGUAUGGAGCAAAAUUGUCAGUGUCAACGAAUCACAUACAGGCCAUGUCGAAUAUUAUCGUAUUCUCACAACAGAAAAUGUUACUUCAAAACCAUUCGAGGUACAUACUUUAUCCAAUGCCGAUCUUCAUUCCCUGAUAGAUUUGCCAUCAUUCAAUUUCAAAAUAAACAAAGAGGUAUGCAACAGUACCUCACAUUUGAUAGUGGCUUUAGUUCAUACUGCACCAAGUCAUCAUGUAAAACGUCAGGCUAUAAGAGAUACAUGGGCAAAAAUGAUACCAACUUAUUUUUUCAUGGGUCUCCCAGAUUCAAAUGUUACUCAAAACCAAGUUAUUUUAGAAAAUCAAAUGUACAAUGAUAUUGUACAAGGUGACUUUAUGGAUUGUUACCGUAAUUUAACUUAUAAACAUGUGAUGGUACUAAAAUGGACUUUAUACUAUUGUCGUUGUGCCAGGUAUUUGCUCAAAACUGAUGAUGAUACAUUUGUUAAUGCACCAUAUUUAUUGGAAAUACUCAAUCAUAGAUUAUCACCUUUAGGAGCACGUAAUUUACUCAUGUGCCAACUCUCUCUGUCAAGUGUAGUGAAACGUUCAUUCCGAUCAAGAUGGAGGGUUUCAUAUUCAGAAUAUCCAAAUCGAUGGUAUCCCACAUAUUGUUAUGGAUGGGCAAUAAUUUAUUCACCAGAUGUCAUUUACAAAUUAUAUACAGAAGCACAAGUAACCCCAUAUUUUUGGAUCGAUGAUGUUCAUAUAACUGGUACAAUUGCUGUUAAACAGAACAUCACACCUACUAAUUUGGGAGAGUUAGUAGUAGAAGAAUAUAAUUUAUUGAACGAUAAAAAUAUUAGUCAUAAGUUUACAUUUUGUUUAUUAACUAAUGAAGACGAGUCAAUGAGAAAAUUUUGGAGUAUUGUUACUCAACCAGAUGAUAAAAAUAUGGUUGUUUCACCUUCAAUCUUGGGCCUGACGUAAAUGUUGGUAUCAAUUGGACAGUUAAUCUAAGUAAUAUAUGUUAAAUAUUUAGAAAAUUGAAUACUGAAUUGUGAUAAGUAGCCUGUAACAACGUUAUUUGUUAUUAUUAUUAUUUUUUGUUUGUGAAGUUAGUAUUUUAAAUAAGGCUGAUAUUAAAAAUGAAUGUUAUA